CUCCGCCCUGCCUUGCUCCCCGAAUCUGCUGGAACCUUCUCCCCGAGUCAGCGCGGCGCCUCCCUGCUGAGUCAGCCCGGGCGGGCUGGGACCCGGAGACUCUCGACUGGCGGAGAAGGUGAGGGAAGGUUCGUGGCAGCGGGGGAGGGAGGUCCCUCGCAACGGGAUAAAAAGCCGGUGGAAGCGGAGCUGAGUAGAUCCCAACUGGACUGGCUAGAGAGAAACAGAAGGACAGAACUGCCGAGCGACCCUCCACGGCUAAGCAGCACUAACUUCCGCAGCCUUGUGCAUCGGACUUUGUAUCCAACUUCUCCAAGGAGCUCGAGAAGCCAUAGCCAUGUCCACUCCAAGAGAAGUGGUAAUUGGCAUCGAUCUGGGCACCACCUACUCGUGCGUGGGUGUGUUCCAGCAAGGCCGGGUGGAGAUCCUUGCCAACGACCAGGGCAACCGCACCACUCCCAGCUACGUCGCCUUUACAGACACCGAGCGGCUGGUAGGCGACCCUGCCAAGAGUCAGGCAGCCUUGAACCCGCACAACACGGUGUUCGAUGCCAAGCGGCUGAUAGGGCGCAAGUUCUCUGACGCUACUGUACAGUCGGACAUGAAGCACUGGCCCUUCCAGGUAGUGAAUGAGGGCAAUAAGCCCAAAGUACGGGUGUCCUACCGCGGGGAAGACAAGUCAUUCUACCCCGAGGAGAUCUCKUCCAUGGUGCUGAGCAAGAUGAAGGAGACAGCUGAGACGUACCUGGGACAGCCUGUGAGGCACGCUGUGAUCACGGUGCCUGCCUAUUUCAAUGACUCUCAGCGCCAGGCCACCAAGGACGCAGGUGCCAUCGCAGGGCUCAAUGUACUCAGGAUUAUCAACGAGCCCACUGCAGCAGCCAUCGCAUAUGGGCUGGACCGGCGGGGAGCCGGAGAGCGCAAUGUGCUCAUUUUUGACUUGGGUGGAGGCACCUUCGACGUUUCUGUCCUCACUAUCGACGCAGGUGUCUUUGAAGUGAGGGCCACUGCUGGAGACACUCACCUGGGUGGAGAGGACUUCGAUAACCGUCUGGUAACCCACUUCGUGGAGGAGUUCCGGCGAAAGCAUGGGAAGGAUGUGAGCGGGAACAAGCGGUCCCUUCGCCGAUUACGCACUGCCUGUGAGCGAGCCAAGCGCACCUUGUCYUCCAGUACCCAAGCCACCCUGGAGAUUGACUCCCUGUUCGAGGGUGUGGACUUCUACACAUCCAUAACUCGUGCCCGCUUUGAGGAAUUGUGCUCAGAUCUCUUCCGCAGCACCCUGGAGCCGGUGGAGAAGGCCUUGCGGGAUGCCAAGCUAGACAAGGCCCAAAUCCAUGAUGUCAUCCUGGUGGGUGGUUCCACCCGCAUCCCUAAGGUUCAGAAGCUGCUGCAGGAUUUCUUCAAUGGCAAGGAGCUGAACAAGAGCAUCAACCCUGAUGAGGCUGUGGCCUAUGGGGCUGCUGUGCAGGCAGCAGUGUUGAUGGGGGACACGUGUGAGAAAGUGCAGGAUCUCCUGCUGCUCGAUGUGGCUCCCCUGUCCCUGGGACUGGAGACAGCAGGUGGUGUGAUGACUACAUUAAUACAAAGGAAUGCCACUAUCCCCACCAAGCAGACCCAGACCUUCACCACCUACUCCGAUCACCAGCCUGGAGUCCUCAUCCAGGUGUAUGAGGGUGAGAGGGCCAUGACCAGGGACAACAACCUGUUGGGGCGUUUUGAACUCAGUGGCAUCCCUCCUGCACCACGUGGAGUCCCCCAGAUUGAAGUGACCUUUGACAUUGAUGCCAAUGGCAUCCUAAGUGUGACAGCCACUGACAGGAGCACAGGAAAGGCUARCAAGAUCACCAUCACCAAUGACAAGGGCCGGCUGAGUAAGGAGGAGGUAGAUAGGAUGAUUCGCGAGGCAGAACAGUACAAAGCUGAGGAUGAUGCUCAGAGGUGCAGAGUGACUGCCAAAAACUCCUUGGAGGCCUAUGUUUUCCAUGUAAAGGGCACCUUGCAAGAAGAAAGUCUUAGUGACAAGAUUCUUGAAGAGGACAAGCACAAAGUUCAAGACAAGUGUCAGGAAGUCCUUGCCUGGUUGGAGCACAACCAGUUGGCAGAGAAGGAGGAAUAUGAGCAUCAGAAGAGGGAACUGGAGCAACUUUGUCACCCCAUCUUUUCUAGGCUCUAUGGAGGGCCUGGUAUCCCUGGGGGCAGUAGUUGUGGGGCUCAAGCUCGACAGGGGAGGCCCAAUACCGGCCCCAUCAUUGAGGAGGUAGAUUGAAUGACCCUCAUGAUAAGUCAGCUGUUACUGUAAGGCCAGGGUUUAUGGGCCCUCUAAGCUAUCUUCUAUGAUCCUGCCUUGAAACUUCAGUGGGUGAGRGAGUGUCUUCCCCCACAAAUGGGGAACUUUCUUCUCAAUAUGUUUUAUAACUGAGGUAUUUGUCAUUUGACUUUUUAAACUCUCUUUUCUCAUUUCAA